AUGCACGAAUCUGACGAGAUGUUCACAAGAUUGAUUUCAAGAUUUGGAGUAAAAGCAUUUGAGAAGAAGAAGGAGAAGGAUUUUAUGAAGCACAUAGCUGCCAAGGCUGAGUAGAAGCCUGUGAAAAUAGCAGAGCCUCAAAAGGGGAAGGAUGUGCCAGAUUUGAGCAAAUUAAGUAAAAUAUUGAAAUUGAAGGGGUGUUUAGGUCCUGCAGAGAUAUUGGCCCUGAAGAGAGAUGCUUCGAAAAUGCCUGAAUCAUAUUAGCCUAGUUUUGUGGAGAGCUUCUGGUAUAAAUAUUGGGAGGACAAGAAGUAUUUCCACGUGACUGCAGAGGAGGCAUUAAAGAACGACAAGAGAUAUGUGAUGGUGUUGCCACCUCCUAAUGUGACAGGGUAUUUGCAUUUGGGUCACGGAUUGACAUCAGCAAUAGAGGACUCGUUGACAAGAAUCCACAGACAGAGGGGAUACGCGACAUGCUAUUUGCCAGGGACAGACCACGCAGGAAUAGCAACAUAGACAGUUGUGGAGAAGGCUCUAGCAAAGCAAUAAUUGAAUAAGUGGGAGAUGGGAAGAGAGAAGUUCUUGGAGAAGGUUUGGGAUUGGAAGGAGAAACACGGAGCUUAGAUCUUGGAGUAAUUGAGGAGAGUGGGUAGUUCAUUAGAUUGGGACAGGUAUCACUUUACAAUGGAUGAGUAAUUGAAGAAAGCAGUCACAGAAGCAUUUGUGUUGUUGUACGAGAAGGGGUUGAUCUAUAGGGCAACACGAUUGGUCAAUUGGUCCUGUUAAUUGAAGACAGCUAUUUCCGACAUCGAAGUGACUUACGAGGAUAUCAAGGAGCCAACUAAGUUGAAAGUGCCAGGACAUGCUUAGCCAGUUGAAUUUGGUUGGUUGACUCACUUUGCAUAUAAAGUCAAGGACUCAAAUGAGGAGUUGGUUGUUGCCACUACUCGUUUGGAGACAAUGUUGGGUGAUACAGCUGUGGCAGUGAAUUCAAAGGAUAAAAGAUAUGCUCACUUGAUUGGAAAGGAGUUGAUCCACCCAUUCUGCAAUAGAGUGAUUAAGGUUAUUGCUGAUGAUCAAUUGGUCGAUAUGACUUUUGGUACAGGUGCAGUUAAAGUCACACCAGCUCAUGAUCCUAAUGAUUAUGAGUGUGGAUAAAGAUAGAAGUUGGAAUUCAUUUAGAUUUUUGAUGAAGAUGGUAAAAUCAAUUAAAAUGGUGGAAAGUAUGCUGGUAUGAUGAGAUUUGAUUGUCGUCGUCAAAUGGAGGAGGACAUGAAAUAAUUGGGUCUUUACAGAGACAAGACACCAAAUCAAAUGAGACUUGGAUUGUGUUCCAGAAGCAAGGAUGUUAUUGAACCUAUGAUCAAACCUUAAUGGUAUGUCAAUUGUCAACACAUCAAAUAAAGAAUGAUCGAUGUGGUCAAAAACGGAGAAUUGGUUCUGAUUCCCUCUGAUUAUGAGAACGAAUGGUUUAGAUGGAUGGAUGGUCUCAGAGAUUGGUGUAUCAGCAGACAAAUAUGGUGGGGUCACAGAUGUCCAGCCUAUUUAGUUAGUAUCAAUGGUAAUUUACCUGAUACCAGCAACCAGGACAAUUGGAUUGUUGCUAGAUCUGAAGAGGAAGCCUUAUAAAAGGCAAUUGCUAAAUAUAAAUUGCCUGCAGAGUAAAUUAAAUUGUCUCAGGAUGAGGAUGUGUUGGAUACUUGGUUCUCUUCUGGGUUGUUCCCAUUUUCCACCUUUGGAUGGCCUGAUGUUAAUCAUCCAGAUUUUAAGGCCUUUUUCCCUAAUACUAUUCUUGAGACUGGUUGGGAUAUUCUGUUCUUCUGGGUUGCUAAGAUGGUGUAAUUCUCAUUAGAAUUCUUUGAUAAGGUUCCAUUUAAAUAUGUGUUCCUUCAUCCUUUAAUUAGAGACAAGGAUGGAAAGAAGAUGUCUAAGAGUCUUGGUAAUGUCAUAGAUCCACUUGAGAUUAUCGAUGGAACUUCAUUAGAAAACUUAAAGUCGAAGAUUUAUGAAGGAAAUCUAUCCAAAGAUGAAGUUGAAAGGGCCAUUAAAUAAAAGGAAGAAGAAUUCCCUAAUGGAAUUCCAGAAUGCGGUGGAGAUGCAUUAAGAUUUGGUCUCUUAAGUUAUUUACAAAAGACACCAAAUAUCAAUAUGGAUGUCAAACACAUCAUUGGUUAUAGACAAUUCUGUAACAAAAUCUGGAACUCUUGUAGAUUUGCAUUCCCCAAAUUAACCAAAGAUGUCAACUAUGUGAAAUUAGAAUUGAAUAAUUUGCAAUUGAUCAAUCAAUGGAUUUUAGUGAAACUCAAUUAAGCCAUCACAGGAGUUAAUGCUGCAUUUGAUGAUUAUGAAUUCGGACAAGCAACUCAAAGCUUCCAUCAAUUCUGGCUCUACGAAUUUUGUGAUAUUUAUUUGGAAGGAAUCAAAAACAUUUUGAGUGAUAAAAACCAAGAUCAGAAGUCUAAACUCGAAACUCAAUAGACCUUAUUAACUGUUUUGGAUCAAGGAUUGAGAUUGCUUCAUCCAAUGAUGCCAUACUUAUCUGAAGAGUUAUGGUAAAAGCUACCAUUCGAUAAGGAAGAUUCACUCAUCAUCGCUAAGUAUCCUUAACCCAAUCCUUAAUGGAUCAAUUAAGAUGUUGAAAUCUAAUUCGAUUUGGUCUUGAAUAUCUCAAAGAAGUUAAGAUCAAUUAUUAGUAAAUUUUAAUUGCCUCCAAAUGUAAGACCUGACGCCUACACUUUGAAUUUGAUUGGAGACAAAUCCUUAGAUGAUUUAAUUAAAUAACAAGCUGAUAUCAUCUGUUUAUUAGCUAGAAUAAAAUCAAUUAGCACAAUCGAAUAAGAAACUGAACAUCAUAAAUAAUGUGGAGUUGAUACUCUAGAUGCUAAAAUUAAGAUUUUUGUUAAUUUGAAAGAUAAUAUUGAUCUUACAAAAGAAAAUGAUAGAUUAAUCAAGAAAUUGAAUGAGUUGAUUAAGUAUAUUAACGCACUCUAAGACAAGAUGAGCAAAUACAAUGACAAGGUGCCAGAGUAAGUCAAAAAAACAGAUCUUGAAAAGAUGGAAAAAUAUCAAUAAGAGAAAUUAUUAACAGAAUAAUAAAUUGAAAGUCUUAAAAAGUAAUGA